GAACUCAAAAACCCCAAAAGAAAAAGCCAUUUCUUUUCUUCCUCUUCCUAUCCCUGUCCUCUCUUUACAGCACACAAAAACUCAAAAUUAGGGUUUUGGGUUAGGAAAUUUGAGCCCUGAAGAUAACUAAAAAUGGAUGAUUAUACGAGGGAAAUGAUGGAUCUCAAGACCCUUGUCACUCGAACUUUAGAAAAGAAAGGUGUCUUAGCCAAGAUCAGGGCCGAGCUAAGGGCUAGCGUAUUUGAGGCCAUCGAGGAAGAAGAUAAGGUAACUGAAAAUGAUGAUGGUGUACCUCCUGCAUUACUUGGUAGCUGUAAUGAACGUGCAAAGCAACUUCAUGCUUCUCCUUCAGGGAGGCUACUUACCGCACUAAUAGCUGAAUACUUGGAUUGGGCACAAUUGAACCACAGCCUUAAAGUUUAUCUGCCUGAGUGCAAUUUGGAAAAAGAUUUCUGGAAAGCUGAGUUGAGGGAUUUUUGUAGUAAGUAUGGGUAUGAUCUUAACAGGAAUCGAGAAAGCCCUUUGCUUUUGGAUGUACUUGGAGGGUUUCUGAAGUUUGAGGAAUAUUCUCAAGCAAGGGGUUCUGGAAGAAGAUCAAUGACUCCUGACUCUGAGUCCUUAUCCAAUUUGGAUCCAAGGAAUGUCCGACGAACCUCAUCAUCUUCAUCAUCUGUUUCUGGAGGCUUACCUUCAUUAGAAAGGAUGUUUCCUGCAUCCCAUAUGCCGGAUAGGAGAGGAGGUUCUUCCAUGCCUGGUAAUAGGAAAGAUGAGUAUAAUUGGAGAUACGACAGCGACGAAAUGUCGGAGGAUGUAAUUCGAGCAUCACACGCCUUGGAAAACAUCCAGUUGGAUAGAAAAGCACAAAAUCUUUCGACAUCUUGGCGGCAUGGAGGGGAUGAGACGUCGGAGGAUGAUAGCAAGUCUGACCGCAUCUAGUUUAAACUUUUGGGUCCCAGCUUGUACUGUAAUCUUGAAUUCUGUAACUAAAAACUUGUUUAUUUAGAUUUUCUUUCAGUGUCUCCAAUCCAUUUGUGUGACUUUGCUUUUGCUCUGGACUUGCUCCUCUUCGGAUUUGCAGCUUAAAAUUGCAGCUCGAGUUUUUCAUUUUUUGAA